AUGGUUUCACCCUUACCUGGAGUGCCAAACUCGAGAGUAGGUAACCCUGACAGUGACACAUUCAGCUCCAAACAUCCAUAGAAGAACAGACAACCAGUUCUUCUCUCUUUGACACUCUUUCCUCUAUUGUACCAGAUGAGUCUGUGCCUUUAGGAUGCAUGGUGCUCAACGGUGUGGCCAACUUGCGUCCUCUUUGCCAGUCGUCGUCAGUGUUCUCCCUCCCCAACGCACCCUCACUGGCUGACCUGGACUGGGAUGAGGAACAAGUUGAAGGUGACACCACCUUGUUCAGCUACUUAGUGGAUUCUCUAGUUUCAGCCUCCAAUGUUGUUGUAUGCUGAAUCAUCUAGCUAUGGGUUCCUUUAAAAAAUGUUGGACAUAUUGUAGAAUACGGGGCAUUGAUGCAAAUGUUCCAUAAAUUGUUACGUCAUGUAUAGAUAGGCCUAUCUAGUUAACAACAAUAGUAGGACACACACAUCAUUCACACAUUCUGUUUUCCUCAGAGUCAGAGUGUGGGCCGGCGGAGCCCCAUUUUGAUUCCAGGAGCCGUAUCUUUGAGCUGGACCCCUGCAGCGGGAAUGGCAAAGUCUGCCUGGUCUACAAAGACUGCACAGAAGGUACUUUCCCAUUUACCCAUGUGAUAUGCCACAUGCACUGUGUGCGUAAAGGAUCAUGAAAAAAUAAGAGAGGAAGACAAUUUCAGUUUGCCAUAUUUAAAACCACACUUUAUGGAAAUGUGCCCAUCAUUAUUUAAUCACCCUUGCUCUCUGUCCCCUGGCUGUUUGGUUCCAGGUGUGGUGGCCCAGAAAUGUGAAGUGUGGUUCCUGGAUCGCUCUCUGUACUGGCACUACCUGACGCCCAGCUUCACUGCCUACUACCGCCUGAUGAUCACCAACUUAGGCCUGCCAGAGUGGCAGAACGCCUUCACCCCCUACGGCCCCAGUCCCCAGGCCAAGGUAAUACAUCGUUACCCCCUAGAAGGAGCGAGGCUGGGGUUCUGGGAUUUUGUUGGAAUUAGGCCAAAAUUUAAGAGGGUACAUUUGGUGGCUAAGAGCACUUGAAAAUAGUGACCCAUUGUUCUUAUGUAUUGCAUGUAGAUAUCAUUGUAGAUGUGGUACAAAUACAUUUAUUAUAGGCCCACUACCAUGUAUGUAAGUAAAAAACUAAAUCAGCACAGCCAAAAAGGUGAUCCAUUACAUAUAAGGUAAACAUAGAUUUUAUUGUUUCUUUCAAUGUACAAUAUAUAGUAAUGUCAAACAUAACAUACCCCAGUUAGGCUAUGUAUAAGCACAUUCCGGCCACAUCAGCUAAAACAAAUAAGUCAGGGGAUUAUGCCUAGAAUGAGGUAUGUUGUACGUUGACCCCCAAGCUCUGACUCCAUGGAGGGUCAUUAAGUGCAUUUGUUUCAUUGCCCUGUCGGCCUUACAUACCUUGACUAGGUCUCACAUAAAAUAAUAUUAGUAUUUUAGUCAUUUAAGUGAGUUAUAGUAAGUCACUUAGAAAUGGGUAGCUAUACUUUUUGAUUAGACAACUUACAAUAAGCUUUGUUAUGUAUGUUUAAAACAAGUCUGUCUUAUGAAAGAGAUUUCUCUCAGCACGCAAACAGUAGGAAAUAAUGCCAUGAGUUUGUUUGUUUGGUUAGUUAGUUUACCCAUUGUGCUUGUGUCAUCUCUCUCCCCAACAGCAGUGGGCGUCUCUCUACCAGCCCCUGAGUUUCCACUGUGAGCCCAGUAUGGCCGACCUCGCCGGAGAGCCGCCCAUCAACAAGCUGGACCCCAGCAAAGCCUUCCGGGGCAAAGCCAAGCUGCUCGCCCCGAAGAAGAAACAGUCGGCCCAGGGAGGGGGGGGGGGGGCACUGCCAAGGGGCAGGGGAGCUCGGGGAGGCAUAGUGGGGGCAGGCGAUAAGGAUGAGGAGACUUCCCCCUCCCCCACCCCAAAAAACACAUUCAAUGGGCUAUGGCAGUGUUUCCCCUGCAUUUGUGUCUUGGGUGAGGUGAAAAGGGCCCGGAAGCAACAUGUCUGGCUGCUACCCUUCAAAAUAUUGAAGCUAACGUUCUAUGUGGUAGCUAAUGGGGCUACAGCACUUGGCUUCUCGAGUAAGUAA